AAUUUCAUACGCAUCCCACCAACCAGGACAAGGAAAAGGACCCCAGCAGCGUCGUCCGACACAGACACCCAUCAUCGCCAUCCUUCCUUCCCUCCAUCUCAUCUCCAGCCCGGAUCCCAUCCCUCCCACCAGCACCUCCCCCACCCGCCCCACGCAGAGGCACACCCAGCAGACACACACACGCACUCUCACUUUCUCUCCUCCUCCUCCUCCUCGCAAACCCACCCACAGGCAGCACUAUCCCCCUCGCCCACAUCUUCCUCACACCGCCUUCGCACACACCACUCACUUCAGGCACCCCAGUGUUGUGUCUCCGCAAGUCCUCGCUGCCCAUUUGGCCAGGAUGGCUGCCCAUUGCCAUUCAUCCCAUUCACCCCAUUCACCUACCACAAUGACAAUGAUGCUUCCUGAUCCCACCCCUCCUACAUCCUCUUCCUCAUCCGCAUCCCCAUCCUCAUCUUGCAUAUCCUCUUCAGUGUCACAAAGACGGACGCAGCAACAGGCAUACAAUCAAAUUAAAAUACACGCGCGGGGCCUCCAUUUUUUGUCCGCCAUCCUCUUCUCCUUCCUCCUCCUUUCCACUCUCACAACCAACACAACCGCAGCUCCAUCACCCACCACCGUACCCCGACGCAGGCACAGCGCAACCCUCAUCCAGGAUACCGUCUACUUUGUUGGCGGCCUGGGCACUGCUGCCACAACAGACAAUUCUCCACUGAAAUCCAUCUCGGCCCUCAAUCUCACCCAGCUCCUCUUCACCGAGACACCGACCUCACUUGGUAUCUUCAACCAUGUCGCAACAUCCAACAGGACAGCCUCGGCAUCGGCUACGGAUUCUGCAAAGAUCGGUGUUAGUUUCGGACAGACUGCGGCGAAUUCGUUGGCGGAUGCAAUUCAAUGGAUAGACCCUGCCACCGGUGCUGUCACUCCCAACGGGAACAAUGUUACAGGAAACGGUCCAGGCGGAGUUGUUGGACCCUUGGUAGGACGAUCUGGUCAUAGUUUGGUCCAGUUUGGAAACAACCUUUGGGCCUUUGGCGGGCGGACAGGAACAGGAGCAUCCAUGGCGGCAGUAACAGAUACCCCGACCUUCGACCUUUCAGCCAAGACCUGGUCUAACCGCACCAAGGGCCUAGCGCGAUACGGACACGCAUCAGCACGAGCAGGGAUUGAUCGGAUCGUGUCCUGCUACGGGAUCAGCACCGUCUCGGCAACCGCAGCCCUGGACUCAGAUUGUGUCUUCUUUUCGGUCUCAUCCGCAAUCUACGCGCCCGCAGAGUUGAUCUGGGCCAACGAUGAGGAUGCCAUCUCUGGGAGUCGGACGGGCCAUUCGCUUGUGACGGAUGUUUCGGACACCAAUAUACUGUACAUGUUCGGAGGGACCAACGCCGCAGGAACACAGUUCUUUCAAGACCUAUAUAAACUCGACGCGACCAAACUGCCGUUCAUCACUAUCACCAAAAUCACUCAACCGGAGACCCUUCCGACGAGCGUUGUCCCAACCGCGCGCGCUCAACAUGCAGGAUUGGCGGUCGGUUCCCAGGCCGGGUUUAUGAUUGUGCAUGGCGGGAUCACGAGAGCUGCAACUGGAAAUAACACGCUGGCGAUGGCUGGAGCAACGCCAUACUUUUUCAGCAUGGAGUCGGGCACUUGGAUCGACAAUGCCACCUUCAUCUCGCUGUAUGCCGAGCAAAAACUGUACCACCUCUCGAACGUGAGUGUCUGGGUGAUCAUUGCAGGGAUCCUGGCAGGCGUUGCAUUACUGGGUGCUGGAGUCUUUUAUUAUAUCUGGAAGGGCUUGCGGGACGACGAGCGCACGAGAAUUCAGGAGGAAGCUGCGGAGAACCAGGCGGGAUCACCGACGUCAUCAACAAUGGAUGAUUCUUCAGAUCAUGGUCACAAGGGUGGUGCGGAACGAAAGAGUCGGUCCGUAUAUCCGUUGAGUGGAGCUGACGAUGGCGCCGGGCACGAGGAUCACUCGUUAGCCACUGGGCCGUUUAAGAGCACAACGUCUUUGCUCCAGUCGGAGGAGGGAUCUGGCAAGAAAUCGAACAAGAAGAAGAACCAAGGCGAUCAGCAAGGAUCGGAUAUGUAUCAAUCGAGUCGUUCGAAAUCCCGGACAAAUGAGCCGUGUUCGCCGGGGGCAACGACGUUGACGGAGAAUGGAAGUGUGAAUGGGUAUUUCUCUUCGUCGGCAUCUUCGUCAGCGCCAUCGAGGUUAAACAAGAACAACAGCAAUGGAUCGUCUUCACAGUACAGUGGUCGUCAGGGACAGAAUGGGUAUUUCUCGUCGGCAUCUUCGUCAACGCCAUCGAGGUUAAACAAGAAUAACAGCAAUGGAUCGUCUUCACAGUACAGUGGCCGUCAGGGACGGAAUGAGUCAAAAAAUGCGACUGGGGCAGGAGCCGUUGCAGCCAGAGGCAAUGAGACUUCUCAAGGACCCAGUGACUCCUACUACAACCCUCGAGACCUGUGUUUGGACGAAGAUGACAAUUCUUCUAUCACGGUCUCAUUGGCGUCAGAGUCGACCAUGUCGCCCUGGGCAGGUCCCGUGCGCAUGUCGAUGGAUCUGGCCCCACCCAACCCUCGAUUCAGUCGCGGAGCGAUCCCGCAAGUACACCGGCAACUUGUGGGCGCAGUUUCGACAGGCCAUGGGGCGGGCAAUCGGAACAGCAAUGGGUGGGACACAAGUUCUCCUGGAGGAUCCGUUUCCAGUCGCGAGGAUGGCGAGCACUACCGGCGCUCGGUCAAUUCCAUGCAAUGGGUAUCCUUUGAGCCGUUGGAUAUGAACGGACGACCUGAAUCAACCCUCUAUGAUCCUCUCUCUGCGCGUUCUCUCACUGUCCGGAAUGCGUCGAUGUACAGCACCGGUCGCGGCAGCUACCUCAACAACAACAACGCGCACAUGUCCAUGUACGGCGGCAGCAGUAUCGGGAGCGACACCAAUACCGAGGACUCUGUAGGAUCACCACCCUAUCCUUCUGGACCUGGCGGGAAGCACAUCUCGACCGCCUUGGCAGCCCGACAACAGCGCCGGUCUAUGCGCAACAGUCAGGAUAGCCCGCUUUUUGUGACAAAUUUGAGUGGGUCCCCAUCUCCCGCAGUUCCGAGUAACGCUGGAGGAGGGGAUGUGAUGGUGACGACGGUGCUUCCGGUGAUUACGACCAAGGUCACGAAACCGACGUUGGCAAAAGUCGUUGCGACCCAACGCGGAUCUCGGGCGAUCUUACCCAGUCCUGGUACAUCUAUCGGCGAGGAAGGAAGUGGUGGAUUAGGGAUUGAUUUCUCGGGGUUCACGACUACAGGGGAUGGAUAUAAUGUCAAGGCAGGAACGAGUGGUGGUGGUUUUGCAAAUGCUGCGGGACACCAAUACAACCGACGCGGGUCUUCGACGCUUAACCCUGCACAUAACCGGGGGAUGAACCCAACGAAGCGGGAGAGUAAGUUGAAUGGUGGAUCAGAAUCGGGGGCAGAGGCAGCGGGUGUGGUGCUGCAGAUGCCGCCACCGCCAAAGAACAACUAUCACGAUCAGAAUGGAGCAGGGUCUCAAGAUUUGCAGGCAGGAUUGAGGGACAGUAUUCUGGAGCUUGGGCAGGACAUGCCGGGGUUCUUGAGUUAUGGUGAAAAUCAUUAAAAACACUUGUAUCAACACUUUUCUUAUUGAAUAUUAAUAAAGACGGAGGUGGGGAAGAAGAUGC